AUGGAUGUUGGUUCCGAAAUGCUGCAGUCCAACCGGCUGAAGCAGGUCUUCGCCAAGGCUCAGCGUCCCGCCAUGGGUUUCUGGCAGAUGUUGCCAGGAGCCAACAUCUCGAGAAUCCUUGCCCGAUCCGGGGCGGACUGGGUCAUGGUAGACUGCGAGCAUGGCAAUAUCGACGACGCUGCCAUGCACGAUGCGGUACCCGCAAUUGCAGCUUUGGGUGUUUCCCCAAUUGUUAGGCUCCCAGAUAUCCACCCAUGGAUGGUGAAGAGAGCCUUAGAUAGCGGUGCGCACGGGAUUUUGGUGCCACUCAUCCGGACAGUCGCAGAAGUGAGGGAUGUUGUUGCCGCAGCCAAGUUUCCCCCAGACGGACGACGGGGAUUCGGUUCACCCAUUGCGCUGCAGAAUUUUCAGCCGGGACUGAGUUUCACGGAUUACCUGCAGCAAGCAAAUGAGAGCCUCUUGACCAUGGUGCAGAUAGAAACCAGGGAGGCGCUGGAGUCGGUGGAAGAAAUAGCGCCGCUUGUGGACGUCGUAUUUGUUGGGCCGUUUGACCUUGGCAACAACAUUGGACACCCUAUCAUCGACGGUAAGAUGGAGCCCGAGCUGGAUGAGGCAAUCUCGAGGAUCUUGAGGGCCACGGUGGCAGCUGGCAAGAAGUGCGGAAUAUACUGCACCUCAGGGGAGCAGGCCAAAAAGUACGCUGAUAUGGGAUUCCACAUGAUCAGCGUCGCAACCGACUACACGACACUGGGGGCCGCGCUGAUAGAAACACUAGCCGUCGCUCGGGGCGACUCCAAGAAAGCCAAGAAUGAUUCGUAUUAG